AAAAUGAAAUUCCUAUUUGUUCUUCCACUCCUAAUAACGACGAUACUUGCUCAAGGAUUUGGGGGAGCCAGCGACGGUUUGGCAGGAUUUGGAAAUGUGGCUAGAGGAUUCGCAAAUAUAGCCGGAGGACUUGCAGAUGGUGCUGCCCAAGCUUUUUCAAAUGUGGCACAGGGAACCGUCAACAGCGUUGCCAAUUUUUUACCCAAAGUGUCAGAGCUUGCGAACGUCAAGAAAUUUGACGAUUUUCUGGAGCAAACGGGACAAGCUAUUUCCGAAGCAGAUCGAACCUUCCGUGAGGGCAUCUUUGCCGCCACCAAGAAUCUGGUGGAUGCUGGAAACCAAGCCUUUGUAAAUGGUAUCUUCACCUUCCAUAUGGCAGUCAAUGCUUUUGCCGAUCUGACCCGCGAAGAGUUCAUCAAGAAGUAUACCGGUCGGAUUCGGUCGUCGGAAUCAGAUGCGCAUACUGCUGUCAGCAACAAGAAGGUUGACUUUUUGGAUGAUUCACCCGCUCCGGAUUCCUUUGAUUGGCGGGAGAAGGGAGGCGUUAGCGCGGUGAAGAAUCAGCUCACUUGUGGCGCCUGCUGGGCCUUUGCCACCACCGGGGCCAUCGAAGGUCACACAUUUGCCGCUACGGGCACUCUGCCUGAUCUUUCCGAGCAAAAUCUGAUCGAUUGUGGUCCGCGAGAAGACUUUGGCCUGAAUGGAUGUAAAGGUGGAUUCCAGGAGGCAGCCUUAUGCUGGAUCUCUGAGAAUCAGAAAGGAGUUUCGCAGGCCGAAAGUUAUCCAUACGUCAACAGUAAGGAAUCAUGCAAAUUCCAGCCAAACGAAUUGGGUGCCCACGUGAGUGGAUUCGGGGUAGUUCCUCCCGGAGACGAGGAGGUGCUGAAGAGAGUGGUGGCCACCUUGGGGCCCGUAGCCUGCUCGGUGAGCGUAUCCAAUAGCUUGCAAUUUUACGGGAGUGGUAUUUUUAAUGACGAAAAAUGCAACGAAUUAGACUUGGCUCACUCGAUCUUGGUGGUGGGCUAUGGUUCGGAGAAUGGAAAGGAUUACUGGAUCGUCAAGAACUCUUGGGAUACUACCUGGGGCGAAAAGGGCUACUUCCGCAUUAGGCGCGGCAAAAACCUUUGCAAAAUCGCAGACGAGUGUUCGUACCCAGUGGUUAAAAACUCUUAAAUUAAAUAUUUUGUAUUAACAAAUAAA